UACUUGAUGACUCAAUGGCGCAGAGCCUCGCUGUUCAUCGGACCAACAAGAUAAGAAGGUAUGUAGGGAGCAAGGCUGCGUGUGCAGUGAAAUCGAAUCCGUUGGUUGCGAACGACCGUGGAUCCCUUUUUUGAGCAUAGCCACGCAAAAACUUGUUUCUCCAUCUAUUGCGCAUGCACAUUGAGCAAAAUGGCAGUUUCCCUCGCUCGUCGAAUCAAUGCGUUCCGGUCCUAAUGAAUGGAGGCUGAGCAUGGGACUCGAACAUUCUGAAGAUGUGCCUGCGGCUGUGUUUCGUAUAAUCCAUGUAGAGAUCACCAGUUUUGCGUUCAGCCUGCGGUUUGGCCUCCAACACCUAAUUUCUCGACGAUCACCCCGUAGAAUCCAUCAUCAAUAUUGAUAUUUCUCCCCAUGUUUUUCUGCAUGUAUCAAUAAAACUCUUGAAGUUAUUUGAGUUAAUUUCCAGAAAGAGCAACCGUCGCGUACUCACCGUGCGCCCGUUCGAAGUCGGAAGUGGCGAUCGCAACGAGGCUGAUCCCCCGCAAUGGCUACGCAAGCACCGCCCACGGAGCGCAGAACUCACAGUGACUACACUGUGGGAUGGAUUUGCGCUUUGGCCAAAGAGCAGACUGCAGCAACGGUUAUGCUGGACGAUAUACAUCCUGAUCUUGCUAAACCACCACAGGAUGACAACACCUACACCCUGGGAUCGAUCGGCGGACACAACAUCGUCAUAGCAUGCCUACCAAUGGGAAAGUACGGGACUGUCUCUGCAGCCACCGUCGCGACAAAGAUGAUUGGCACGUUUACGGCUGUUCGCAUCGGUCUCAUGGUUGGAAUUGGUGGCGGCGUUCCUCCCAAUGUUAGGCUCGGUGAUAUUGUUGUUAGCACACCAGUUGACAAGUUUCCUGGGGUGGUUCAGUGGGAUUUUGGGAAGACGGAGAAGGGCGGUGAAUUCAGACGAACGGGUGCACUCAACAAUCCCCCGGCCGUUCUGCUCACAGCUUUGACGAAGCUGAAAACACAGCACGACAUUCGUGGAUCUAAAAUACCGCAGUAUCUCGGGGAGGUGGAGAAGGCCGCGCCUAAACUGAAACCGAAGUUUACCAGGGCUACAUUACUCAGGGACCCUUAUUCUGAACAUGCCAAAAGUCAUGGGACAGACACUGAUAUAUCUGAACAAGACUCCAGAGAAAUAUGUAUACAUUAUGGUCUAGUUGCAUCGGGUAAUCAGGUUAUCAAGGAUGCUGAGCUUCGCGAUCGCCUAAACGACAGUCUCGACGGCAAUCUACUUUGUGUCGAAAUGGAGGCGGCAGGUUUGAUGGAUAGUUUCCCUUGCAUCGCUAUCAGGGGCAUAUGCGAUUACGCAGAUUCACAGAAGAACAAAGACUGGCAAGAAUAUGCUGCGACCAUAGCGGCAGCGUUCGCCAAAGAGCUGCUGGGGUACGUACAGCCUCAUGAUGUCGAUAGAGAGCGCACGGCGAAGGAUAUUCUCGGUCAAAGUCAUACGCUGUCCUCCGUCGGAACUCACACUGAAAUUAUGAGAUCGAAGCUGGACAAAACCGAAAAUACUUAUAUACUUGACUGGCUCACCCCAGUCGACUACGGCCCUUUGCAAAGUAGUUUCAUACGCAAACGCCAAGAGGGCACAGGAAUGUGGGCACUAGAGAAGCCGGAAUACAUGACUUGGUUACAAGAAAAAGGGAAGACUCUUUUCUGUCCCGGAAUUCCAGGUGCUGGCAAGACAAUCCUCACGGCUAUCGUUGUGGACAACCUUUACGAAAAACACGGUCGAAAUCACGAUACAGGAAUUGCCUAUAUCUAUUGUAACUUUCAAAGACAACAAGAGCAGAAGCCCGAGGAUCUUCUGUUAAGCCUUAUCAAGCAGUUCGCGCAGUCGCAGAGCUCACUUCCUGAAAGUUUGAGACAAUGUUAUGGUUACCACAACCCCAAGCGCACUCGACCAUCGAUGGAGGAAACAGAAGAACUCCUCCACUCAGUCCUAGCGCUUUACUCUCGCGCAUUCAUUAUAGUCGAUGCGCUUGACGAAUGCAGUGCUUCCGAAGGGGGCCGCGAGAAGCUUUUUUCCGUGAUUUUCAGAUUGCAAGCCAGAACCGGAGCUAAUAUCUUUGCUACUUCGCGGUUAGACGAAGACAUUGCUAAGAUGUUUCAAAAUCCCCUCUCAUUUCACAUUCGCGCGAGCGACCAAGAUGUGGUCAGAUACCUGAAUAAACGUAUAUCACUUAUGCGACCCGAUAGCACGAAUGAGGAACUUGAAGGCACAAUUAGAGAGGGUGUGUCAUCAGCUGUUGAUGGAAUGUUUCUUCUUGCAGAGCUCCAUAUGAACAUGCUUGAAGACCAACCAACAAAAGGGGACGUCAGAGAAGCAUUGCAACACUUACAGAGGGGUACCGCUGGACUGCAAAACGCCUAUGAGCAAACAAUGGAACGAAUCGAGCGUCAAGGAGAGCACACACGAAAACUCGCUAAACAAAUCUUAUCAUGGAUCGUUCAUGCCAAAAGACAGCUUACGACGUUAGAGCUUCGCCACGCCCUCGCUGUGAGGCCACAAACAACCAGCCUGAACGAAGAGUACAUACCGAGCACGCAAUUGAUACUGUCUGUUUGCGCAGGCUUAGUUGCCAUUGAUGCAAACGGAGAUCGUGUACAAUUGGUUCAUUACACCACACAGGAAUAUUUUGUACGAACCAAAACAGCGUGGUUCCCUACCGCUGAGAGAGACAUAGCUGACGUCUGCGUCGCCUACUUGCUGCUUGACAGUUCAAAUCCCUCAACAAGGCUAUCCAAUCACGAAUCUACUGGCGAGAACGAUGACUGUUCAGGAUCAUCAAGCGUCGCGAAAUGGUUGAAAAUCAUCCAUGAAACGAAUACACUGCCUCUAUACGAUUACGCGGCAGGAUACUGGGGAAGACACGUUCAAUUAGCUAUGACCGAAGGACCCGACAUCGUCAAGCUGCUAGAAGACGAGGCCCGAGUGUCUGCCUGCUCUCAAACCUUUUUUUCAAUACGCCUAGGACAGAGCUGGCAGCUUAACAGAUUUCGUCGAUCAAAAGGAAUGAAAUAUAUCAACAGUACGAAAAUCGACACCAGGAUGUCAGGAAUGCAUCUUGCAGCAUACUUUGGGCUGGAUAAAACACUGGCUUCUCUACUUCACAACCAAAAUGAUCCCAACUCAAGAGAUAUAUUUGGACACACGCCAUUGUGGUGGGCGGUAUGGAACAAACACGAUGUAGUAGUCAAGCGAUUGUGCCACGCUGACCAAGUUGACAUCAAUUGUAAAGAUGAGAUGGGAUAUACGCCACUGCUGUUAGCGGUGGAUAAAGGGAGAGAAUCCAUAGUCAAGAUGCUCUGUUCUACUGGUCGCGUUGAUCUAGACUGCAAGAGUGACUCGGAGCUCACGCCAUUAUGGUUGGCUGCAAGUUGUGGAAUGCAGGCGAUAGUCGAGCACUUCCUUCACACCAAGUCGGUUGAUGUACACUCUAAGUCAGAGUUUGGGGCAACACCACUGCUGAUUGCUUUGAGCAAUGGAUACAUGUCAGUCGUUGAAACAUUGCUCUCCAGCGGAGUUGACAUAGCGUCCGAGUAUGAAGAUCAACAUAAAUUACUCGCAACUGCGGCAGAAAAAGGGUUUGCGCAGAUCGUGGAGCGGAUACUCACCAAGUGUGAGAUUGAUAUCGAAUUCCGAGAUGAGGGGGGAUACACAAUGCUUCUUAUGGGGGCCAAGGAUGGACGUUCGACAGUAGUCGACUUGUUACUCACGAAGUUUGCAGCGGACAUAGGAGCUCGGGAUCAUAACGGGCAGACGGCACUUCAUUUGGCGGCUAUGCAUGAGCACAAAGGAGUUCUAGAUUUGCUACUCUCGAAGCACGGGGCUAACGUGGAAUCCCAGGACCAAAAGGGGUAUACGCCGCUGAUGCUGGCGGCUAUGCAUGGGCAUCGCGAAAUCGUGGAAUUCUUACUUACAAAGUGUGGAGCUGAUCGAUCAGCGAGGGAUUUUGCAGGCUUGAAUGCACUGGCCUAUGCUCUUAAAGCUGGGCAUGACGAGAUCUGCGAGUUUUUGCUCGAUCCAAAAGUCAUUGAAAUCCGGUCCAGGCUUCCUGGACUUCUACCGCGCAAGCGGAAGCGAUAUCUUGGUGACCUUGGCGAUGCUUCAUCUUUGCCACUUCCCGUGGAUAUCGACGCGGGAACUUAUCAGCCACAGGAUAAGCGUGAGGACCUAGCUUCAGCGGUGGCGGGACAAUGGGUUGAGCCAUGGAAAUGA